AGUGGAGAUGACGAGGAGUACAGGAGGAUUUACACGACGAAAAUCAAACCCCGGCUGAAGUCGGAGGAGGCGGUGGAAGCGGAGUGCGGCGGGACGCAGAGCAGGACCAUUACGGUCACCAGAAAGGUGACGGCGUACACCGUCGAUGUCAGCAGGCAUGACGGGGCGAAAGACGUCGACGUCAUCGGCCCAGACUUCAAAAUCUGGAUCCCGACCCGGGAGGUCACCCACGUGACGAAGACCGACGUUGAAGCAGAACCUGGGAAAACUAUGAUCAAAACGGCAGCGGGGGAUCUGCCUGGGAGAAGCACCCAAGGCACAGACUGGAGCACGGACACCAGGGGGGCACCUCCUGGACCAACAGCCGAAUCUUCUGCCCAGAAGUUGGACGUCCACCUCGGCGAGGCUCAGUUCGGAAAGCCCGGGAUAACCGUGUCGGGAACGCAAAUGACGGGCCUUCACCUGAGGACUCAGCUGGACCCUCGACUGCCGGAGAGCCAAGUUCCUGGUGGGGAAACUGGAAAAUCUGUUACGGUGGAGGUGCCGGGACGUAACGUUGCUGGCACGGCGUUCCUGGGCCCCCAGGGCAGCUCGCCCGGCAUUGAAGCAAACGGACAGAUGGGGAGCCUGGACGCGGGUUUUCACGUCAAGGGUCUCAGGCUGGAUGGCAAAGGACGCGUUUCUGGCACGGAUGUCCAAGGGGAGCUGCUGGGGGGGACGCUGUCACACGCUGACGCUUCUGCCCCUUGUCUUCAGGGAGACAUCAAAGCCCCCGGAGCUGACGUUUCUUUCCCGGCGAUGGAAAAUCCAGCUGUCGAUGUGGGAAAAAUCAAGAUUCCCGUCUUGAACAUGCCCAGAUUUGGGUUCCCGACCGCGGGAUCUGGCAUCGAAGCUCAAGCUCCGCAGGUGGGCACCGCCGUUCCCGCGCCGAAGCUGCAGGCUCCGUGCGUGGACGUUGCCUCCUCAUCUGUCCAGGUCGUGGGACCUGAAGUUUCGGCUCCUUCAGUUAAAGUCCCGAAGCCGCAGGUGGACAUGGGGUCGAAGGGUGCUGCGAAGGUCCCCUCCCCGCAACCGAAGGUCCCCGGCGUGGGUACCAAAGGACCCGGCGUAGAGCUCCCGGCUUCCGAUGCAGAUGUUCACGGCGGCAAGGGAAAAAUCAAAAUGCCACGCAUGACCUUCCCAAAAUUCACUGCCUUGGACUCGCAAGGGGAAGGUCCCGCUGUGGAAAUGGUGCUCCCGAAGGGCGAGGUGGGACCAGCAGCGUCCGAGGUAGCCGUUGGCAUUCCCGAUGCGGCCAUCAAAGGAGAAUGGAAAGGCCCCAAGUUCAAGAAGGUCGAAACGCCCCAAAUCUCUCUGUCGGAUGUAAACCUGAACCUGAAAGGCCCUCAGGUGAAGGGAGAUGUGGGCGUGGCGGUUCCCAGAGUGGAAGGGGAUGUCAAAGGACUUGGCUCCAAGGGUCUCAAGAUGGACGUAAAGGCUCCCGAUGUUGAAUUUGAAAGUCCAGAGGGUUAUUUGAAAGGGCCCAGUUUGUCUGCGCCAGAUAUGGACAUUAACGUGAAGGGACCUAAGCUUAAGGGAGGCGUGGAUGUUUCUAUCCCAAAGAUGGGUGGCAACUUGAAAGGACCUCAGCUCGAUGUUAAAGGCCCCAAGCUGGGAAUGGACAUGCCUGACGUAGAUGUCAAAGGCCCCAAAGUUACGAUGCCAGAGGUACACGUCAAGACCCCCAAAAUAUCCAUGCCUGACAUCGACUUGAAUCUGAAAGGUCCCAGAGUGAAAGGAGGCCUGGACGUUUCUGCCCCAAAACUGGAAGGGGAGCUGAAAGCACCUGGACUUGACAUCAAAGGCCCCAAGGUUGACAUGGAAGCACCAGAGGUGGACGUCCACGGUCCGGAGGGCAGGCUGAAGAUGCCUAAGCUGAAAAUGCCCAAGUUUGGGGUGCCCGGCCUGAAGGGAGAGGGCCCCGACGUUGACGUGACGCUUCCAAAGGGUGAGGUGGACAUUUCUGCUCCCAGGGUAGAUAUCGAUGUGCCGAGCGUGGACAUCGAAGGGCCAGAAGGAAAAGGAAAAGGUCUCAAAUUUAAAAUGCCUGAACUAAACGUUCAGACGCCAAAACUGUCCAUGCCAGAUGUAGACCUCAAUUUGAAGGCCCCCAAACUGAAAGGAGAUGCAGAUAUUUCUGGUCUGAAGACCUCUGGAGAUCUGAAGGGCCCCAAAAUAGAUGUGGAAGGUCCCCGAGUGGAUGUCGAUAUGCCUGAGGUAGACUUGGAGUGCCCUGAAGGGAAAAUAAAAGGCCCCAAAUUUAAGAUGCCUAAGCUUAAUAUCAAGGCGCCUAAAAUAUCCAUGCCGGAUGUAGAUUUGAACUUAAAGGGCCAUAAAAUGAAAGGAGAGAUGGAUGUUUCUCUUCCAAAGGUAGAAGGUGACUUGAAAGAAUCUGGCGUUAAUAUCAAGGGACCGAAAAUGGAUGUCGAGGUCCCAGAUGUCAACCUGGAGUGUCCAGAAGCCAAGCUGAAAACGCCAAAAAUGAAAUUGCCUCAUUUUAACGUGUCCGGCCCAAAGUUUGAGGGAGCCGAUAUCGAUGUCAACCUGCCAAAAGGAGAGAUCGAUAUUUCUGGGCCAGAGGCAGAUGUUGACGUGCCAGAGCUGGAGGCUGGAGGACCAGAAGGAAAGUGGAAAGGCCCCAAGUUCAGGAUGCCGAAGCUGAAUAUCAAAACACCUAAAAUAUCCAUGCCAGACGUAGAUUUGAACCUAAAGGGACCUAAAGUGAAAGGAGAAAUGGAUAUUGCGGCUCCUAAGAUAGAAGGUGAUUUGAAAGGGCCAGAAAUAGACAUUAAGGGGCCAAAACUAGAUGUUGAGGCACCCAAUAUUGAUUUGGAGUGCCCUGAAGGGAAGCUGAAAGGCCCCAAGUUCAAGAUGCCCGAGAUGCAUUUCAAGGAAGGGCCAGAGGGGAAGCUGAAGGGCCCCAAGUUCAAGAUGCCCGAGAUGCACAUCAAGACACCCAAGAUCUCCAUGCCGGACUUUGACCUGCCGGGGCUGAAAGGAGAAGGCCCGGAGGGGGACGUGAACCUGCCGACAGGAGACCUGGAUGUUUCUGGUCCAAAGGUGGAUAUUGAAGGUCCAGAGCUGGGCAUUGAGUGUCCUGAAGGAAAACUGAAAGGUCCCAAGUUCAAGAUGCCCGAGAUGCACAUCAAGGCACCCAAGUUCUCCAUGCCCGACGUUGACUUCAAUCUCAAGGGCCCCAAGCUGAAGGGCGACGUGGACGUGUCGGUUCCCAAGCUGGAAGGUGACCUGAAGGGUCCCGAGGUGGACAUCAAGGGCCCCAAAGUCGACAUCGAGGCCCCCGACGUGGACAUUCACGGCCCAGAAGGAAAAUUCAAAAUGCCCAAGUUCAAAAUGCCCAAGUUCGGGAUGCCUGGCUUCAAAGCGGAAGGUCCGGAGGUGGACGUGAGCCUGCCGACAGGAGACCUGGAUGUUUCUGGUCCAAAGGUGGAUAUUGAAGGUCCAGAGCUGGGCAUUGAGUGUCCUGAAGGAAAACUGAAAGGUCCCAAGUUCAAGAUGCCCGAGAUGCACAUGCCCGACAAUGACUUGAACCUGAAAGGCCCCAGACUGGAAGGUGGCUUGAAGGGUCCCGACAUUGACAUCAAAGGUCCCAAAGUCGAUGUUGACCUUCCUGAUGUUGAGCUGGAAGGGCCAGAGGGGAAGCUGAAGGGCCCCAAGUUCAAGAUGCCGGACAUGCACAUCAAGGCACCCAAGUUCUCCAUGCCCGACGUUGACUUCAAUCUCAAGGGCCCCAAGCUGAAGGGUGACGUGGACGUGUCAGUUCCCAAGCUGGAAGGUGGCUUGAAGGGUCCCGACAUUGACAUCAAAGGUCCCAAAGUCGAUGUUGACCUUCCUGAUGUUGAGCUGGAAGGGCCAGAGGGGAAGCUGAAGGGCCCCAAGUUCAAGAUGCCUGAGAUGCACAUGAAGGCACCCAAGAUCUCCAUGCCCGACAUUGACUUGAACCUGAAAUGCCCCAAAGUGAAGGUGGACGUGGACGUGUCUGUUCCCAAGCUGGAAGGUGGCUUGAAAGGCCCCGACAUUGACAUCAAAGGUCCCAAAGUCGAUGUUGACCUUCCUGAUGUUGAGCUGGAAGGGCCAGAGGGGAAGCUGAAGGGCCCCAAGUUCAAGAUGCCAGACAUGCACAUCAAGGCACCCAAGUUCUCCAUGCCCGACGUUGACUUCAAUCUCAAGGGCCCCAAGCUGAAGGGUGACGUGGACAUGUCGGUUCCCAAGCUGGAAGGUGACCUGAAGGGUCCCGAGGGGGACAUCAAGGGCCCCAAAGUCGACAUCGAGGCCCCCGACGUGGACAUUCACGGCCCAGAAGGAAAAUUCAAAAUGCCCAAGUUCAAAAUGCCCCUGGAUGUUUCUGGUCCGAAGGUGGAUAUUGAAGGUCCAGAGCUGGGCAUUGAGUGUCCUGAAGGAAAACUGAAAGGUCCCAAGUUCAAGAUGCCAGACAUGCACAUCAAGGCACCCAAGUUCUCCAUGCCCGACGUUGACUUCAAUCUCAAGGGCCCCAAGCUGAAGGGUGACGUGGACAUGUCGGUUCCCAAGCUGGAAGGUGGCUUGAAAGGCCCCGACAUUGACAUCAAAGGUCCCAAAGUCGAUGUUGACCUUCCUGAUGUUGAGCUGGAAGGGCCAGAGGGGAAGCUGAAGGGCCCCAAGUUCAAGAUGCCCGAGAUGCAUUUCAAGGAAGGGCCAGAGGGGAAGCUGAAGGGCCCCAAGUUCAAGAUGCCUGAGAUGCACAUGAAGGCACCCAAGAUCUCCAUGCCCGACAAUGACUUGAACCUGAAAUGCCCCAAAGUGAAGGGGGACGUGGACGUGUCUGUUCCCAAGCUGGAAGGUGGCUUGAAGGGUCCCGACAUUGACAUCAAAGGUCCCAAAGUUGACAUCGAGGCCCCCGACGUGGACAUUCACGGCCCAGAAGGAAAAUUCAAAAUGCCCAAGUUCAAAAUGCCCAAGUUCAAAAUGCCCAAGUUCAAAAUGCCCAAGUUCGGGAUGCCUGGCUUCAAAGCGGAAGGCCCGGAGGUGGACGUGAGCCUGCCGACAGGAGACCUGGAUGUUUCUGGUCCGAAGGUGGAUAUUGAAGGUCCAGAGCUGGGCAUUGAGUGUCCUGAAGGAAAACUGAAAGGUCCCAAGUUCAAGAUGCCCGAGAUGCACAUCAAGACACCCAAGAUCUCCAUGCCCGACAAUGACUUGAACCUGAAAUGCCCCAAAGUGAAGGCGGGUGCCGAUGUUUCUGUUCCAAAAUUAGAGGGUGACUUGAAAGGACCUGAUGUGAGUAUUAAAGGUCCGAAGUUGGAUGUUGAUGUUCCUGAUCUGGAUGUUGAAGGUCCUGAGGGCAAAUGGAAAGGCCCCAAGAUAAAAAUGCCGGAUAUGCAUAUUAAGGCCCCUAAAUUUUCUAUGCCUGAUGUCGACCUCAACUUGAAAGGUCCCAAACUGAAGGGAGAACUGGAUGUUUCUGUGCCGAAGAUAGAGGGUGAUGUGAAAGGGCUGGAUCUGGAACUCAAAGGGCCCAAAGUGGACAUCGAAGCUCCUGACAUAGACAUCGAGGGCCCAGAAGGGAAGGUAAAGGGUCCCAAAUUUAAGAUGCCCGACAUGCAUUUCAAAGCCCCCAAGAUCUCCAUGCCGGACUUUGACCUGAACCUGAAAGGCCCCAAAGUGAAGGGGGACGUGGACGUUUCUCUUCCGGAACUUGAGGGUGAUUUGAAAGGCCCGGGCGUUGACGUCCAAGGCCCUAAACUGGAUGUUAACGUUCCCGACGUUGACCUAGAGUGUCCAGAAGCAAAAGUUAAAGGCCCCAAGUUCAAAAUGCCUGAAAUGCACUUCAAGACACCAAAAAUCUCCAUGCCCGACAUCGAUUUGAACCUGAAAAGUCCUAAGCUGAAGGGAGACGUGGAUGUUUCAGCCCCCAAACUAGAGGGUGACUUGAAAGGCCCCGAGAUGGAUAUCAAAGGUCCUAAAGUGGAUAUAGAAGCUCCUGAUGUGGAUAUUGAGGUCCCAGAGGGGAAGUUGAGAGGCCCCAAAUUUAAGAUGCCUGAGAUGCAUUUUAAGGCUCCCAAGAUCUCCAUGCCGGACUUUGAUCUGAACUUGAAAGGUCCAAAAGGAAAGGGGGAUGUUGAUGUUUCCAUUCCCACGUUAGAAGGUGACCUGAAAGGGCCUGAGGUUACAGUAAAAGGUCCGAAAGUGGAUAUAGAAGCUCCGGAUGUUGAGCUAGAAUGUCCAGAAGGGAAGGUAAAGGGUCCCAAAUUUAAGAUGCCCGAGAUGCAUUUCAAAGCCCCCAAGAUCUCCAUGCCGGACUUUGACCUGACCCUAAAAGGCCCCAAAGUGAAGGGGGACGUGGACGUCUCUCUUCCGAAACUUGAGGGCGAUUUGAAAGGCCCGGGCAUUGACGUCAAAGGUCCCAAAGUUGAUGUUGACCUUCCUGAUGUUGAGCUGGAGGGGCCAGAGGGGAAGCUGAAGGGCCCCAAGUUCAAGAUGCCCGAGAUGCACAUCAAGGCACCCAAGAUCUCCAUGCCGGACUUUGACCUGAACCUGAAAGGCCCCAAAGUGAAGGGGGACGUGGACGUUUCUCUUCCGGAACUUGAGGGUGAUUUGAAAGGCCCGGGCGUUGACGUCAAAGGCCCUAAACUGGAUGUUAACGUUCCCGACGUUGACCUAGAGUGUCCAGAAGCAAAAGUUAAAGGCCCCAAGUUCAAAAUGCCUGAAAUGCACUUCAAGACACCAAAAAUCUCCAUGCCCGACAUCGAUUUGAACCUGAAAAGUCCUAAGCUGAAGGGAGACGUGGAUGUUUCAGCCCCCAAACUAGAGGGUGACUUGAAAGGCCCCGAGAUGGAUAUCAAAGGUCCUAAAGUGGAUAUAGAAGCUCCUGAUGUGGAUAUUGAGGUCCCAGAGGGGAAGUUGAGAGGCCCCAAAUUUAAGAUGCCUGAGAUGCAUUUUAAGGCUCCCAAGAUCUCCAUGCCGGACUUUGAUCUGAACUUGAAAGGUCCAAAAGGAAAGGGGGAUGUUGAUGUUUCCAUUCCCACGUUAGAAGGUGACCUGAAAGGGCCUGAGGUUACAGUAAAAGGUCCGAAAGUGGAUAUAGAAGCUCCGGAUGUUGAGCUAGAAUGUCCAGAAGGGAAGGUAAAGGGUCCCAAAUUUAAGAUGCCCGACAUGCAUUUCAAAGCCCCCAAGAUCUCCAUGCCGGACUUUGACCUGAACCUGAAAGGCCCCAAAGUGAAGGGGGACGUGGACGUCUCUCUUCCGAAACUUGAGGGCGAUUUGAAAGGCCCGGGCAUUGACGUCAAAGGUCCCAAAGUUGAUGUUGACCUUCCUGAUGUUGAGCUGGAGGGGCCAGAGGGGAAGCUGAAGGGCCCCAAGUUCAAGAUGCCCGAGAUGCACAUCAAGGCACCCAAGAUCUCCAUGCCGGACUUUGACCUGAACCUGAAAGGCCCCAAAGUGAAGGGGGACGUGGACGUUUCUCUUCCGAAACUUGAGGGUGAUUUGAAAGGCCCGGGCGUUGACGUCCAAGGCCCUAAACUGGAUGUUAACGUUCCCGACGUUGACCUAGAGUGUCCAGAAGCAAAAGUUAAAGGCCCCAAGUUCAAAAUGCCUGAAAUGCACUUCAAGACACCAAAAAUCUCCAUGCCCGACAUCGAUUUGAACCUGAAAAGUCCUAAGCUGAAGGGAGACGUGGAUGUUUCAGCCCCCAAACUAGAGGGUGACUUGAAAGGCCCCGAGAUGGAUAUCAAAGGUCCUAAAGUGGAUAUAGAAGCUCCUGAUGUGGAUAUUGAGGUCCCAGAGGGGAAGUUGAGAGGCCCCAAAUUUAAGAUGCCUGAGAUGCAUUUUAAGGCUCCCAAGAUCUCCAUGCCGGACUUUGAUCUGAACUUGAAAGGUCCAAAAGGAAAGGGGGAUGUUGAUGUUUCCAUUCCCACGUUAGAAGGUGACCUGAAAGGGCCUGAGGUUACAGUAAAAGGUCCGAAAGUGGAUAUAGAAGCUCCGGAUGUUGAGCUAGAAUGUCCAGAAGGGAAGGUAAAGGGUCCCAAAUUUAAGAUGCCCGACAUGCAUUUCAAAGCCCCCAAGAUCUCCAUGCCGGACUUUGACCUGAACCUGAAAGGCCCCAAAGUGAAGGGGGACGUGGACGUCUCUCUUCCGAAACUUGAGGGCGAUUUGAAAGGCCCGGGCAUUGACGUCAAAGGUCCCAAAGUUGAUGUUGACCUUCCUGAUGUUGAGCUGGAGGGGCCAGAGGGGAAGCUGAAGGGCCCCAAGUUCAAGAUGCCCGAGAUGCACAUCAAGGCACCCAAGAUCUCCAUGCCGGACUUUGACCUGAACCUGAAAGGCCCCAAAGUGAAGGGGGACGUGGACGUUUCUCUUCCGAAACUUGAGGGUGAUUUGAAAGGCCCGGGCGUUGACGUCCAAGGCCCUAAACUGGAUGUUAACGUUCCCGACGUUGACCUAGAGUGUCCAGAAGCAAAAGUUAAAGGCCCCAAGUUCAAAAUGCCUGAAAUGCACUUCAAGACACCAAAAAUCUCCAUGCCCGACAUCGAUUUGAACCUGAAAAGUCCUAAGCUGAAGGGAGACGUGGAUGUUUCAGCCCCCAAACUAGAGGGUGACUUGAAAGGCCCCGAGAUGGAUAUCAAAGGUCCUAAAGUGGAUAGAGACCUGGAUGUUUCUGGUCUGAAGGUGGAUAUUGAAGGUCCAGAGCUGGACGUUGAAGGGCCAGAGGGGAAGCUGAAGGGCCCCAAGUUCAAGAUGCCAGACAUGCACAUCAAGGCACCCAAGUUCUCCAUGCCCGACGUUGACUUCAAUCUCAAGGGCCCCAAGCUGAAGGGCGACGUGGACGUGUCUGUUCCCAAGCUGGAAGGUGACCUGACGGGCCCCGAGGUGGACAUCAAAGGCCCCAAAGUCGACAUUGAACCCCCCGACAUGGACAUUCACGGUCCGGAAGGUAAAAUAAAAAUACCCAAGUUCAAAAUGCCCAAGUUUGGGUUGUCCGGGUUGAAAGGAGAGGGCCCAGAAGUUGACGUAAAUCUACCUGAAGCCGAUGUUGCUAUUUCGGGUCCGGUGGACAUCAAAGGCCCCAAAGUCGACAUUGAACCCCCCGACAUGGACAUUCACGGUCCGGAAGGUAAAAUAAAAAUACCCAAGUUCAAAAUGCCCAAGUUUGGGUUGUCCGGGUUGAAAGGAGAGGGCCCAGAAGUUGACGUAAAUCUACCUGAAGCCGAUGUUGCUAUUUCGGGUCCAAAGGUUGACGUUACCGUUCCUGACCUGGACAUUGAAGGCCCGGAAGGAAAACUUAAGGGCCCUAAAUUUAAGAAGCCUGACAUGCAAUUCAAUGUUCCUAAAAUCUCCAUGCCAGAGAUUGACUUAAAUUUGAAAGGCCCCAAACUGAAAGCUGACCUUGAUCCUUCCCUCCCCAAAAUAGAGGGUGAGCUGAAAAGCCCGAAGCUCGACAUCAAAGGGCCAGAGGUCGAGCUCGAGGGCCCGAAGCUUGAUCUAGAAGGAAAGGCUAAAAAAUCUCGGUUUAAACUUCCAAAAUUUGGCUUCUCUGGUCCUAAAGUGCAAAGCCCUGACGUGGAUGUGAAACUGAAAAAACCGGACGUUGAAAUAUCCGGUCCGAAAGUCGAUGUUCACGCUCCAGACGUGGAUGUACAGGCAAAAUCAAAAGGGUCGAAAUUUAAAAUGCCUUUCCUGAGUAUUUCAUCACCCAAAGUUUCAAUGCCAGACGUGGAGCUAAACCUGAAAGGGCAUAAACUAAAAGGAGAGUUAGAUGUUUCCAGCCCGAAGUUGGAAGGGGAACUGAAGGGUCCCGAGGUGGACAUCAAGGGCCCCAAAGUCGACAUCGAGGCCCCCGACGUGGACAUUCACGGGCCGGAGGGUAAAAUCAAAAUGCCCAAGUUCAAAAUGCCCAAAUUCGGUGCGUCCGGGUUUAAGGCCGAGGGGCCAGAGGUGGACGUUAGCGUUCCGAAAGGAGAGCUGGAUGUUUCGGGUCCCAAGCUGGAUAGCGAAGGUGCUGGCUUCCAAAUUGAAGGGCCGGAGGGGAAGUUCAAGGGCCCCCAAUUUAAGAUGCCGGAAAUGAACAUCAAGGCACCCAAGAUCUCCAUGCCCGACAUUGACCUGAACCUGAAAGGCCCCAAAGCGAAGGCGGAUAUGGACAUCUCUCUGCCCGAGGUGGACCUGAAGGGCUCGGAUUUGCACGUGAAAGGACCAAAAGUGGAGGUAGAGGUUCCUGACCUUGACCUUGAAGGUCCCAAAGGAAAAUUGAAAGGCCCCAAAUUUAAAAUGCCCGAAAUGAAUAUCAAGGCUCCCAAUAUUUCCAUGCCGGACUUUGAUUUGAACUUGAAAGGUCCCAAGUCAAAAGGAGGGGCGGACGUCGAUCUCUCAGUGCCAAAACUGGAAGGGGACUUGAGUGGGCCAGACGUCAGUAUCGAAGGACCAAAGGUUGACAUUGAUGCUCCUGAGCUGGAUGUUGAAGGGCGAGAAGGAAAACUGAAAGGUCCCAAGUUUAAAAUGCCGGAGAUGCACAUCAAGGCUCCCAAAAUUUCAAUGCCUGAUGCCAGCUUAAACCUCAAAGGUCCCAAGCUGAAAGGAGACGUAGAAGGUUCUGCUCCGAAGCUAGAAGGGGAUUUUAGGGCUCCUGACGUCAAUAUUGGAGGCCCCAAGGUGGACAUUGACGUGCCAGAUGUGGACAUUCAGGGCCCAGAGGGUAAACUCAAAAUGCCCAAGUUCAAAAUGCCCAAGUUCGGGAUGCCGGGGCUGAAAGGAGAAGGCCCGGAGGUGGACGUGAACCUGCCGACAGGAGACCUGGAUGUUUCUGGUCCGAAGGUGGAUAUUGAAGGUCCGGAGCUGGACAUUGAAGGGCCAGAGGGGAAGCUGAAGGGCCCCAAGUUCAAGAUGCCCGAGAUGCACAUCAAAGCACCCAAGAUCUCCAUGCCCGACAUUGACUUGAACCUGAAGGGUCCGAAAGUGAAGGGGGACGUGGACGUGUCUGUUCCCAAGCUGGAAGGUGACCUGAAGGGUCCGGAACUGGAUAUAAAAGGACCCAAAGUCGACAUAGAUGUUCCCGAUGUGGAGAUUGAAGGACCAGAAGGAAAAUUGAAAGGCCCCAAAUUGAAGAUGCCAGAGAUGCAUUUUAAGGCUCCUAAAAUUUCUAUGCCGGACUUCGAUUUGAACCUGAAAGGCCCGAAAGUGAAAGGGGAUGUGGAUGUGUCCGUGCCGUGUGUGGAAGGUGACCUGAAAGGGCCGAAAGUUGAUGUUAAAGGUCCUGAGUUGGACGUUAGUGCCCCCGAUGUUCAAAUCGAGGGCCCAGAGGGCCCAGAAGGGAUAAAGGGUCCCAAAUUUAAGAUGCCCGAGAUGCAUUUCAAGACACCCAAGAUCUCCAUGCCCGACAUUGACUUGAACCUGAAAGGCCCCAAAGUGAAGGGGGAUGUGGACGUGUCUGUUCCCAAGCUGGAAGGUGGCUUGAAGGGCCCCGAAAUUGACAUCAAAGGUCCCAAAGUCGAUGUUGACCUUCCUGAUGUUGAGCUGGAAGGGCCAGAGGGGAAGCUGAAGGGGCCGAAGUUCAAGAUGCCCGAGAUGCACAUCAAGACACCCAAGAUCUCCAUGCCCGACAUUGACUUGAACCUGAAGGGUCCGAAAGUGAAGGGGGAUGUGGAAGUGUCGGUUCCCAAGCUGGAAGGUGGCUUGGAGGGCCCCGACAUUGACAUCAAAGGUCCCAAAGUCGAUGUUGACCUUCCUGAUGUUGAGCUGGAAGGGCCAGAGGGGAAGCUGAAGGGUCCCAAGUUCAAGAUGCCCGAGAUGCACAUGAAGGCACCCAAGAUCUCCAUGCCCGACAUUGACUUGAACCUGAAAGGUCCGAAAGUGAAGGGGGAUGUGGAAGUGUCGGUUCCCAAGCUGGAAGGUGACCUGAAGGGUCCCGAGGUGGACAUCAAGGGCCCCAAAGUCGACAUCGAGGCCCCCGACGUGGACAUCAAAGGCCCUGAAGGGCAGCUGAAGGGCCCCAAGUUCAAGAUGCCAGACAUGCACAUCAAGGCACCCAAGUUCUCCAUGCCAGACUUUGACUUGAACCUGAAGGGUCCGAAAGUGAAGGGGGAUGUGGAAGUGUCGGUUCCCAAGCUGGAAGGUGGCUUGAAGGGCCCCGAAAUUGACAUCAAAGGUCCCAAAGUCGAUGUUGACCUUCCUGAUGUUGAGCUGGAAGGCCCAGAGGGGAAGCUGAAGGGUCCCAAGUUCAAGAUGCCAGACAUGCACUUCAAGGCACCCAAGAUCUCCAUGCCCGACAUUGACUUGAACCUGAAAGAUUUCAAGACACCCAAGAUCUCCAUGCCAGACUUUGACUUGAACCUGAAGGGUCCGAAAGUGAAGGGGGAUGUGGAGGUUUCUGCACCUGACCUGGAAGGCCCUAAGGUUGAGAUCGAGGCCCCCGACGUGGACAUCAAAGGCCCUGAAGGGAAGCUGAAGGGCCCCAAGUUCAAGAUGCCGGACCUGCACCUCAAGGCUCCCAAAAUCUCCACGCCGGACUUUGAUCUGAACCUGAAAGGUCCCAAAGUAAAAGGAGACGUAGACACGUCGGUGUCAGGACUCGAAUGUGAACUGAAAGGUCCAGAGGUCAAUGUCGGCGCUCCUAAGUUAGACAUGGGUGCCCCCGAUGUUGAUAUUGACGGCCCGGAGGGGAAAUUCAAGCUGCCUAAAUUCAAAAUGCCCAAGUUUUCCAUGCCUGGCUUUAAAGGGGAGGGAGUGGAUGUGGACGUGAACUUCCCAAAGGGGGACGUGGCCCUUUCAGGCCCCAGCGUAGAUGUAGAGGCUCCUGACCUGACCGCGGAUGGAAAAGUCAAAGGUCCCAAAUUUACGAUGCCUGAAAUGCACAUUAAAGCCCCCGAGGUCUCCAUCCCUGAUGUCGACUUCAACAUCAAGGGGCCGCAACUGAAAGGAGGCGUAGAUGUUUCCGGGCCCAGGCUUGAAGGUGAUUUGAAAGCCCCCCAGAUUGAUGCGCAAGCCCCCAAAAUAGACGUUGAGGCUCCCGAUGUGACCAUCGAAGGGCCGGAAGGGAAACUCAAAGGCCCCAAGUUCAAGAUGCCAGACAUGCACAUCAAGGCGCCCAAGUUCUCCAUGCCCGACGUCGACUUUAACCUGAAAGGCCCCAGGCUGAAGGGCGACGUGGAGGUCUCGGCACCCAAGUUGGAAGGGGAUUUGCAGCGUCCAGGUGUUGACAUCGAAGGCCCCAAGUUGGACCUUCGGGCACCUGAUGUGAACAUCGAAGGGCCGGAUGGAAAACUGAAAGGGCCCGGGAUCAAGAUGCCGGAAAUGCACGUCAAGACCCCCCAGAUCUCCAUGCCAGACAUAGACUUGAACCUGAAGGGGCUGAGGCUGAAAGGCGAUGCUGACCUUCAGGGCCCAAAGCUCGAGGGAGGUCUGAAGGGUCCCGAAAUUGAUAUCAAGGGCCCCAGAGUAGAUAUCGAGGGCCCGGAGGUUGACGUUGAUGGUCUGGAGGGAAAAAUGAAGCUGCCGAAGAUGAAGCUGCCCAAGUUUGGCUUUAAAGGAGAAGGUCCCGACGUGGACGUGAACCUGCCAAAGACGGAGGUCGAUCUUUCGGGCCCCAAGGUAGAUAUCAGCGUCCCGGACGUGAGCGUCGAAGGUCCAGAGGGCAAACUGAAAGGUCCUAAACUGAAGAUGCCAGAAAUGCACGUGAACGUUCCGAAAAUCUCAAUGCCUGAGAUAGACUUGAAUUUGAAAGGCCACAAAACGAAGGGAGGCUUUGACGUUUCGACCCCAAAGAUAGAAGGUAACCUGAAAGGUCCCGAAGUUGAUCUCAAAGGCCCAGAAUUUGGAGUCAAAUGCCCUGAAGUCGACGUCGAAUGUCCUGACCUGAACGUUGAAGGCCCGGAGGCCAAUGUCAAGCUUCCCAAGUUUAAGAAGUCAAAGUUUGGGUUUGGGAUGAAGAGCCCGAAGGCGGAAAUCAAGGUCCCGGGGGCAGAAGUGGAUCUGCCUGAGGCGGAGCUGAACGUGGAGUCGCCCGAUGUCAGCGUUGCUGGAAAGGGUAAGAAGAGCAAGUUCAAGAUGCCGAAACUUCAUAUGAGCGGCCCUAAAGUGAAAGGGAAGAAAGGUGGGUUCGACGUGAAUGGGGCCGGUGGAGAGCUCGAUGCGAAUUUGAAAUCUCCCGACCUGGAUGCGAACGUAGCUGGUCCGGACGUGACGAUAAAAGGCGAUGCUACGGUGAAGUCCCCCAGAGGGAAGAAACCCAUGUUUGGGAAAAUCUCCUUCCCGGAUGUUGAAUUUGAUCUUAAAUCGCACAGAUUCAGAGGGGAUGCUGCUUUGGCAGCCCCCAAAAUAGAGGGGGAACUGAAAGCGCCUGAUCUAGAGGUCUCUGUGCCAACUGCCAAAGGUGAUGGAAAAGGCCCGAGUCUCAACGUGGACCUCGAAGCUUCUGACGUGAGCCUGAAGAAACCGAAGUUCAAGCUUCCCAGUGGGCAGGUGGGCGUAGGGGACUUGAAAAUGGAGGGCGACCUGAAAGGACCCGCCCUUGACGUCGCCCUUCCCUCGGUCCCGGUGCCAGAUGUCGACUUCAACGUGAAAGGACCAAAAGUGAGAGGUGAAGUCGGCGUUCCUGGGGCAGAACUGGAAGGUCCCGAAGGAAAGCUGAAACUGCCCACGGCGGGGAAAAUGGGUCUGGAAAUGCCGGAUGCAAACUUGGCUGUCUCGGUCCCAGCCGUGGAAGGAAGCGUGAGCCUCCCUUCGGCUGACGUGAACCUCCGAGGCGUGGACGUAAAGCUCCAAGGGCCCCAAAUCUCUGGGCCCGAUUUUGAUGGGAACCUGAAAGGACCAAAAAUAAAGGGAGACCUGGACGUUUCGAGCUCUGCGGAAGGGCCAAGUGUCAGCCUGGACGCGCCAGGCGUUGACAUUGGCGGCUGGGGAGGAAAGCUGAAGCUGCCGAAGUUUAAAUCCCCCGCUAUGGAGGCACCUGAUCUGAGCGUAAAAGGAGGCGUCGACUGCUCCGUCCCCCAAAUGGAGGCGGAUGCGAAAGCCCCGGGCGCAAAUCUCAAUCUCGGCAUCCCGGGCAUCGAUGUCAGAGGGCCCUCGGUUGACGUUUCCGCCCCGGAUUUGGACGUAAGCCUGAAAGGACCAAAGCUGAAAGGAGACCUUGACGUUUCUGCCGGCGUUAAAUGCCCCAAAGCAUCAGUGGACGCGUCCGACGUCGGCUUCGAAAUUCUGGGCGGCACCAUCAAGCUCCCGUCCCUCAAGCUUCCCCAGUUUGGUAUUUCUGGUCCUGGUGUGAACGGGGCCGAGGUAGGCGUCAGCCUUGAGGGUCCCCAGGCGAAAGGAGGCCUGAAGGGCUCAGGGGCGGGUGUUGGGUUGGAAGGACCCGACGUGGAAUUGAAAGGCCCUAAAUUUCAAACGCAGUCGCCCGGCAUUUCCUUGCCGGCCGUUGACCUGAAGCUGAAAGGACCAAACCUCCGGGGCGACGUGGAUGUCGCCGGUGAAGUCAAAGGUCCAAAAGUCAGCGUGGAAGCGCCUCGUGUCGACGUUAAGGGGCCUGGCGCGGGCCUCCACCUUGACGCCCCUGCCUUGGACGCAGCCGCACCGAAAGGUUCCGGGUCGGGUUUUAACGUCAAUGUAAAAGGGCCGAAGAUCAAAGGUGGCGCCGCCAUCCCUGGAAACCACGUCUACCGCCAUGAAGACGCAUUCAACGCCGUCGGGGUGUUAGGCAACUGCGGCCGCCGAGCCACGAAG